AACUGGAGUAUAGUCACAGAAUUCGCCCUGAAGGGGUUUUCCCAAUACCCCAAACUUGAAAUCAUCAUCUUUACCUUGUGCCUCUUAAUGUACUUGGUAACCUUACUGGGUAACAGCAUUCUCAUUACAAUCAGCAUACUGGAUCUGCACCUUCACACUCCCAUGUACUUUUUUCUCAGCAAUCUUUCUUUCAUGGACAUCUGUUAUACAACUUCCUCUGUCACUCCUAUGGUGGUGAAAUUCAUAGCAAAAAGAAAUACUGUUCCUUUUACAGGGUGUACCCUGCAAAUGUAUCUCUCCCUUGCCAUGGGGUCCACAGAGUGUUUACUCCUUGCUGUGAUGGCCUAUGACCGGUAUGUGGCAAUCUGUCGCCCUCUUAGGUACCCUAUCAUCAUGAACAAAAGUGUCUGUCUGAAGAUGGCAGCUGGGUCCUGGAUAACAGUGCUUACUGCCUUGCUUCAAACAAGUUCUGCCCUGCAGUUGCCUCUCUGUGGGAGCUCCAUCAAUCACUUUACAUGUGAAAUCUUAGCACUGCUGAAGUUAGCCUGCACAAGCUCAUUGGCCAUGGACGUGAUCAUGUUGGUGGUCAGUGUGCUUCUCCUUCCAAUCCCAAUGCUUUUAAUUUGCAUCUCGUACAGUUUUAUUCUCUUUACUAUUCUAAGAAUCAACUCAGCAGAUGGAAGGAGUAAAGCUUUUUCCACCUGCUCAGCUCACCUUACAGUGGUGAUCUUGUACUAUGGGACUGCCCUUUCUAUGUACUUGAAGCCAUCAUCGGGGGAUUCACAGGAAACUGAUAAGUUCAUAACUUUGUUUUAUGGGGUGGUGACUCCCAUGCUAAACCCCAUUAUCUAUAGCUUGAGAAAUAAAGAAGUGAAAGGAGCUGUGAAAAAGCUACUGAGCAGAAAUGUCUUUUCUCAGAGACUCUGA